AACGAAAAUCAAAUUCAAAGUGGGGCGAUCAAAAUGGAGUAUUGGAAUCAAGCAGUGGAUGUCUUUAUGUCUGAUCGUUUCUGUCUCUACAGGAACAUAGCAGCUGUCAUUGGUACUGCUUAUGUGCUUCGUUUCUUAUUAAAGAAGUUGUGGGCACUGAGUGGUGGGUUUUGUGCUUAUUUCUUAGCUCCUUGGGGCAUAUCAAGAAUUAAUAUAAAGAAAUAUGGCUCCUGGGCAGUUGUUACUGGAGCAUCUGAAGGAAUUGGAAGAGGAUAUGCUCUUGAGCUAGCAAGGCAAGGUCUGAAUGUAGCCAUAAUGAGUCGCUCAAGAGAAAAACUAGAAAAAGUUGAGGAAGAAAUCAGAUCAAAGUAUAAUCGUGAUGUUCGUGUGAUACCAGUUGAUUUCAGUGAAGGACAAAGUGUCUAUGAUGAUAUACAAGCAGAGAUAUCUGAUCUGGAUAUUGCUAUUUUAGUAAACAACGUUGGCCUUAGUUUGAAACACCCAGAAUUUUUUGCUGAAGUUGAUGAAAUGAGACACAGGCAAAUUAUUGAGCUCAACUGUCAGUCAAUGAUACAAAUGACUCAUCUUGUUCUGCCUAAGAUGCUAGAACAGAAGAAAGGUAUCAUUGUUAACAUCUCUUCAUUGAGUGGUGCUGCCCCUAGCCCACUACUCACUGUCUAUAGUGCUACAAAGGUUUUUGUGAGAUAUUUCUCUGCUGCUCUUCAAACCGAGUACAGGAGGAAAGGCAUCAUUGUGCAGUGUGUCUCUCCUGGUUUUGUUGCUACUGCAAUGUCUGGUAUAAGGAGACCGUCUCUCAUUGCUCCUGAUCCAGUCACCUAUGCAAAAAGAGCUGUUGCCACUAUUGGGCUAAGGGAUCACACCAACGCAUACAUACCCCACGUCCUCCAAGAGUAUUUGAUUGGAGCAUUGCCAGGAUGGGUCAUACAGAAAAUGUUUUACGGUGCCAUGACUCAGGUGAGGAGUACAGCAAUAAAGAAGAAACAGAAAAGAAGCUAAUCAACAAUAAAGGGAGUCUUCACACUUCUGUGCGCUAACUUUAGUUUUGAUUUGGCUAUAAUUUUCGUUUUGGUUGAACAAUAUUAAUUAUUAUAAUAAUGAUACAUUAUUAGUGUUAUUGUUAAAUUUUCGAAAUAAAAAAAAUUUAGGAUGGUUUCUCUAUUCUUUGUAGCAAAAAAA